GAAAGAGAAUAUUUUAUAUUGAAUCUGUUUUUUUACAGUUUUAUUGUAUAUACCUUUUUUAUGAUUGCAAAGAUUAUUCCUGUGGCUAUACGGCUGAAAUGUUGACGAAAUGAUGUUGUGUAACACAAUCACUAACUGAAACAGGAACGCGGCUAUUGAGAUAACCUACAACGAUAACAUCAAACCCUAUUGUAAUAACUAACCUGGCCGUCUAUGUGAGCAUUGUCAAAACCUGUCAGUUCUCGUGUGUUUGACACAUGUGCAGGGCUGUAGGUCACCAGAUCCACUUUCUUACCUCUUACGAGCUGCAUAGACUGCAAGUGACCAAACAUAACCGGGAACUAGAUGUUUUAGAAUCAAUGCAGAAACUGAUCAUUGUUUUUGAAAGGAAAGGGCAUUGUUAUACAGGAUAUAUGAAGUCUACUGGUAUAAGUAUAUUUAAGCCUCGCUUAAUUGGAUAUGUGUUAAAUGCUUCUUCAAAACCGAUGUUAAACUGUUCGUGCUUGUGAAUUGUGUUACCUUUCUUUUGCCUCACAUCAUCAAUACCCCACGGGCUUGACAGCACUGCAUUCUUCUAUAUGAAGCAAUGUCAACACACAUCGUUCUUUACUAUAAGGUAGCAAUAUAGUGUAAAGACGGAAUAUAUAAAUAUUUAAAAGCACAAAUAUAUUGGCAUACAAAUAUAUAUAACUAUAAAUAAUAAAUACACAUAUAUAUUUGUGUUAGUUUUAAGCCACACACAAACCUACAAACAUAUGAGGCUAUGACAACGCGAGCAUGUUAUUGAUUUUGCCAUGUAACCUGCCAAACAUAGCACUGACCAAAGAUAAUAGAACUUCAGGACAGAAGACGGAUCCUUGUCAGACAUUGAAGGCUUUUUUAGCAAUGGUUUUAAACUCACUAACGAGGCCGUAGAGUCAACUAAACAACUGCUAAACAAGGUAACGUCUUCUUUGGACAACCACACAGCAGAUGAGGAGUAGAGCUGACCAGACAGAAGAUCUACAAGUUACGACAUCAUCGGCUUCUUCUUUCAAAAGGAUGUUGCAGGAGUCUCACAUUGAGAAACAAUAUACGAGGACAGGCGUAGGCUUUGUACCUGCCAACCUGACCCACCUUUCCUCCGCAAUCCAGGGAGCAGGACUGAUAAGGUCAGUCACGUACUUCCCAACACAGAGGCCGGGAUAUGUACCAGGGGCUGACAGAUACAUUGCAAUCACACUGACACCUGCAGAAUUUCAAAAGGUCGCUGAUGUGGACAAGACGAUUUCCAGUGGAGAUGAAGCCAUUUCAUGUCCGCACCUUGAAUGGCACUGCAGUACAGCGAGUGACGACAUCACUGUAUCUGAUACUUUGGUAACAAAUGCAAAGCCCAAGACUCCGCCCAAAGACAUAGAAUGUCGAAAAAGGUCGUGGAGACGUCUGUUGACAUCAAGACCUUUGGUUAUCAGAGGUGGAAGCCGAGAGAUGUUUCUGGUGAAAGUCAGCUUCUCUUUGAAAAAAGGGUCACUGAGAAAAGAAGCAUGGUGUUUGAGACAGCAAUGAUUGCCAACCCCGCAGAUACUUGCUGGAACCAAUCAACUGGACUGAGUGUACGUAUCAUAGGAUGUCCAAAGCAUAAGCACCAGCUUUGUCUCUGGGUGAGGUUUGAUGGCAAACUCCUCUCUGAUAUACCUAUUGUUUGCAAUCAAAUUGGUAAGGCAGGUGCCUUACAUCUAGACACUCUACUGGGCGGUAGGAGCAGUAAGAUUUAUGUUGUUGACAUUGGCAACACUACAGUGAUUCAGUCUGUGACUGACACUGUGUGUGAAAGAACAUUCUGGGUCAUGGUGUAUCUAGAUGCAUCCCAAGAUUCAAACAUGACGUGUGAACUAAUAUCAGGUCAAAACCUUACACUAUCAGAAGGAAUGACCCAGUUGUUAUCUCUGAAGGGAAAUGACUAGACGGUGAAUAAACGCGUAAAACAUCAUCAGAGGGGAUGGUCUCCAGGACCCGACGUCCAUAGUGAAAGAAUAAAGAGUUCGUGAUCAUUCCUCCCGUACAGAUCUCAGCGACCAUUGUGUGCAUCCCAUCCUUCCUUGCUCACCCGAAAGGCUCGAACCAUAUUGUAUGUCUUAAAUUCAACUCCACUAUUUUUUAUGUCCGAUGUGGAAGGACACGUGAAGAAAAUGAUGGCGAUGUAAUUCCUUGUUUUAACUUUUCUUUAUGUUCCCGCGUUUGUGCAGGUGAACUCUUGAAUUACUUUUGCAUGUGUUUGUGACGGGUGCCACUGGUGGACCUGGAUGCUCUUACCUUACGUGUACACUUCGUAUCAUCACUAAGUGAUGGUGAUUCAUAGACACCUGCUCAUGAUAUAGUCGGAAUCGUACAACAGACUUUGCCUUUAAGCAGAGAUUUCUUUUGAUUCUGUAAAGGCUUUUGUCGCUAAAUACGCAAUGCUGAUAGUUCUUAAUAUAUCUUUACAGUACUGCUAGAUUG